AUGUUGAGCGUCAAGUCCGCCAUUGCCGUGGAGGCUCAUAUUCCAUCAACGAAAUAUAUCCCAAACAUCCAAGUCAGAGAAACAUAUGAAUACGACUAUAUCAUCUUUUACAGAUGGCUAUCACCAGAUCUUUACGAACGGGGCAGAGUGAUGGCACGUUUGGUCGCCGAAAUGAUUGAAAAGAGGAGCCGCCGUAUAUGGCUCGACCAACAUCAAAUAACCAGAAGCGCGGAACCCAAAGAGGUCACCAAAAGGAUAGCCCAGACCUUCCUGACGGUAUCUCAAAUCAUCAUCCUAGCAGCACCUGGAGACUGGGAUCGAUUCUCAAAUAUGGACGAUAUCCACAGAUGGGAAUGGGAGAUGAGUCUCAGAAGCGACAAGCAAGUCUGGCUUUUGCAAUACGGAAUGUCAGACAAUGAACAACAACCACCUUCCAAGGAACAGCUAGCUGCAGGAAUGGAGACACACUGUCCAAACUUGGCAAAAUUGUUUAUGAGCAAGGAUGUGCAUAUACGAUCCUUGUCAAUGGACAGCAUUGACACGGUAGUUAGUGAGAUUUCGGAGGCGCGGUAA